AUGAGCGAGUUCCCGGCGAAGGUGAACACCCGCACCAGCACGCCCGCCGGCGCGCCCGCGCUGCGCCCGCCCGCCCCGGACCUCGCCUUCCUGCGCUCGCCCUUCGGCAUCCUGAUGGCCGCCGAGAUCGUGCUGGGCUGCUUGGUGUGGGCGCUCAUUGCCGACACGUACUACCAGCCGUACCCGUCCUACGGCUGGGUGAUGUUCGUCGCGAUCUUCUUCUGGUUGGUCACCGUCAUCCUUUUCGGGAUGUACCUUUUCCAACUGCAGAUGAAGCUGUACAUGAUCCCCUGGCCGGUAGUGCUAGUAGUGUUCAACGUUGCGGCCACUGUCUUGUAUGCAACGGCUUUCAUAACGAGCGCGGCAUCUGUUGAGCCUUACUCCUGGCCACAUUCGCCGGAUUACAACAGGAGAGCUUCUGCAUCGUUCUUUGCGUGCCUGGUGAUGAUCGGCUACGGCGUCAGCGCCUGCCUCAGCAUCCGCGCCUGGAGAGGAUACGGAAGCGACGCGGCGACCAGCCAAGCAACGUUUUCUAAUCACGCCUGAAAACUGUGGGCUGUCCUGAAUCAACACGGCCGCCCGGGUGGCUCUGCGGGAUAGCACUGGCUCUGGGGGCCAGCUCUUUCCACUCCCCACCCGCCGGACCGAGCACGGUCCGGAACCUGUCCCCGCUCCCCGCUUUUAGCCCGGUCUGUGCCAAACGCGCGGCUUUAAUGCCACCUGCCUAGCUGGUUAGGUGCCUGCCCCCCGCCCUGCACUAAUUGGCAUUUUCAGCAGACUGGCUGCGGCGAGGCUCACUCACGGAGACAAAGACGGUCCGGCGGGGCGGGCGACCGAGGGCCUCGAGCAGGUGCGCCGCCUGGCGAUUCCUGGCUUGCCCCGGGCCAGCAGCACGCAUCUCCCUCCCGCCACGGCUAGAAAUACCACAGGGCCUCGCGCCCCGUUAGCACCGUGCUUUGCAGUGAAGCGGUUCGGUGCAUUUGGAUGGGGCUCGGCCCACGUCCCGGAAGCGAGUGGUGGAAAUGCGCCGGAAGCGCUGCCCGGGCUCGGGGGGCCCGUUGUGGAUGCCCUCGCCAAACAGCCGCCGGGGGGGGCAGAACCGCUUCCAACAGACCCCAUUCCAUGAGGAGCAGAGGCGAAGGCGCUUGCCCACGAAAGGUGCGUCCCAGGGCAGGGGUGGGCCUGUGCUCCAAAGCACCAAGCCGCUCUUUGCAGGGCAGCGCUCCGCCUCGCCACCAAGAACAUUUAAAAUAAAAAGCUUAAGAAACCCAAGGAGAGGCGAGGAGCCUGGGGGGGGCGUGAAGAAGGGGUUCCGUGGGGCACCCCACUGGAGACCCCGGCCUUAAUACGGAUUAGGGGGAACCUCUCUUCUGGGGGAUAGACCACAUGUGCGCACGACUUCCUUUGCUCCCUGCAGGCCUGAUCAGUGUUCGCAUUUACAUCACUUGGUGACCGACUACACUGGAAAAGCACUUGUGUUUUAAGGGGCCACAACGGCCCUCCCGCAUGCCGUCCUCUGGGGAUGCAUAGGCCCGGAGAGUGCCCGUCCCCGAGGCUGGCCGAGCCAGCGCCUCUCACCCGAACUAAAACGCCACUAAAAAGCAAACUUGGCAGCCUCCUGCGAUGUCAGCCGUCGUGGCUCUCGUGUAAAUAAUGUGUAAUGAUUAACUUGGCGUGUUUCGCGGUAGCAGGGCUGCUCCCGAUAUGAGAACGCAGCAAGUAUUUCAUUUCUAAAAAGGUUUUGUUUUGAAUUAAAAAGAAAUCUAAAUCUG